UUUUAUUCAUUUUUACUUUUUUUUGUAUUCACGCAAUAAAAAAAGUCUAUUUUGUUACCAUUGUGUGUUUUAUAUUUUAUAUACCAUAUAUAUAUAUCUUUUGAUUGAUAUUACUUUGGAACAACAACAACGACAACAACUAUAACAACAACUUCAAACAAUAUAUUCAAUACAAUGGAUAUCGACAUCUUACCAUUACCAAAGCUUGAAAGAAUAUCAUCAUCAUACUCAUCAUCAACUUGCAACUCUUCUACAUCACCCAACGUUUUACCAGAAUCUAUGAAGGUAUUAGAAGAACAACAGAUUUCCGACUUUGAUGAUCGAUAUGACCAAUUAUUAUCACCUGCAACACCGUCAAACUCACCACAAUCCAUGAUGACUCGAUCACCAGUCCCGACAACUAGGAAAAGAAAAAGAAAAAGUUCCAUCAUGAUUAUCAAGCCUACCAGGUGGUCACCUCCUCUUCAAUGCAAUCAAAAAAUGAGUGGAUCCAAUAGUAUCAACCAUCAUCCAACAACCACUGCAGUUGAUACUGACUUCAAACCCUCCUUCUACAAUCCGAAUGAAAUCAAACAUCGACGACGCAUCUCUAGUCAACAAUGCGAAGUAUUGGAAGCAGAAUAUCAAAAUAAUAUCAAACCAAAUGCAACCAAACGACAUCAAUUAGCUGAACGAUUAGGAAUGACACCCAGGACAGUACAAAUUUGGUUCCAGAACAAACGGGCUAAAGCUAAACAGCAGCGACAUCAACGGCAACAUCAUCAUCAUCACCAAGAAAAUCGAUCAUCACCUUCAACAGAAAUAUCAUCACCCUCAUCACCCUCAUCAUCAUCGCCAUCAUCAUCAUCAUCAUCAUCAUAUUCUUUGUCAUCUUUAGCAACAAAUUCUUUGGAUAUUAUGACCUUUGAUGAUGGAAGAUUGGAUCCUAUUUAUCUGGUGGACAAUUGUGAUAUGACAACAGCAGAGUAUCAAACUACCAAAAAUGGAAUACUGUGGCACUCAAAUGACGAUACGAAGAACACGAAUGCAGUAGUAGCACCAAUGAUGACCCCUUCUGGAUCAGGCAUGAUGGAUGAUCAUGGGACCAUCAAAUCAUCAUCACCAUUAUCAUCAACAAUACCGUUUUCAGCUUCAAAAUCAGGCACUUUUGGGACAUGCGACGCUUUUCGAACAUGGCUAUAUCCAACAAGCAACGUUAUACAUCCAUACAACGAGACCAUGAAAACCAACGAAUUGUUAUUUGCUCAUUCAACAACUUCCACUGCACCAUCGUCGCUAUCAUCAUCACCAUUACAACAAUAUGCUUCUCUGAAUUCUAAAUCAUCACAAAUGCACCAAUCAGAAUCACAUGAUAACGACCAUUGUCUCAAUAACAACGACACUAACAACAAUACGAUCAUUUCCUGGAAUAAUGGUUUACACAAUGACAAGGAUGAUGAUGAUAUGUCUUCUUUCGUAUUAAACUGGAUGCAAAAAUCAUCAAACAAUACUGAAGCUGAUUCGUUCAUGACACCAAUGUGGCCGUAUAUAAUGAAUCAACAGAACAUUCAACAUUUGCCAUUCCCUUUAGGUCAAGAUGAUUGGACUUGUUUCCCUAUCUAGGCAUGAAUUAUGAUCAAUUGAAUUUCCGAAGAAGAUCUCUCACUGUACGUCUCCCUUAUUUGGAAUAUGCAUCUUUACUUUCUUUUUUUUUUUAUGAUUUCUUUUAUCUCUUAUGCCUCUUUUUUUUUU